ACUGGACGAUCGUCCGGUCAUUUCAGUUGGUUUCUAGCAUCGGAACAGAGCAGUCGGAUCGUGAUUAGUACCGGGAAUUAUUGGGUACAGAAAUACCCACGUGCCGAGCAUAGAAACCGGCUGGACAAAAAUAUAAAUACAUCAUCAGAUCAUCCAGCGUCAGCGUCAGCGUCAGCUUCAAUUGGAAUCAAAUAAAAUUCGUCGUGACUGAUAAGGCAGAAGCUAUUCCAGGCAAUAUAAAAUAUAUGCAAACAAAAUCUACAAAAAUUCAAUUCAAAAUAUACGUAUAAGAACCCAAUACUUCCAAGAUGAUAUCACAUACAGUGAGGGUUUUCAAAAUGAUGUAUAUCGUGGCGGGGAUUCUCAUCAGCAAUGCGGAGAUAUGUGACACGGUCGAUCGCAUCCAAAUAGCGCCACGCGUCGACCUCAAGCCGGGCUUCGACCAGCGCUCCUCGGGCGGAUCCAGAAGCAACAGCCCCGGCUUCCGGUCCCGCACCCACUCCCGCUCCAGUUCGGGCUUCGGUUCCGGAUUGGAAGACGGAUCGCCCAAGCCCAUCAGACGCCGCAGGGUCAGUGUUUCGGGCAUUGCCGGAGGAGUAGUCCGGGGAGUGACCAGCCAGGUGACCAAACGAAUGGGUCGCCGCCUCGGUUGGCUCUCCGAUCUGCGACUCAUCCUCCAGCAGUGGAGAGCCCUGGCCCUCAGCUUCACCAUCUGGACCAUCCCGAACUUUUUCGUGGAGUGCCUCACCAGCUACAUGACCAAGAAAUUGCUCAUCAACAGCGACUGUGAUAUGAUCUACAAGUAGAUUACACAUAUAUACCAAGAAUAAUACUAUAAUUUAAGGGCAGCUACACCGAGAAGUUGCAAAUUUAUUGUUAGUUUAGUUUUAACAUAGUUUUAAGAUUUGAAUAAACAUCUAGACAUAGACAAGAA